UCUAUGGAUUUAUGAUACUUGUUCCUGAGCCUCACUGGGAUCUUAGGUGGAGAUUGGCUGUGGAAUAUCAGCUCUCCGCUACAUUGGUUGGCAGCGCUGGGAUCCAGACUCACAGAGGAACAAGGAUUAAUGGAGAUUGAUUACUCCACUUUAAAACGAUCCACACUUAAAGAUCUUCUGGAAGCAAGAGGUAUUUCAGCCAGCAACAAAACAAAGGCAACACUUAUCUCUGAAAUAAUGGCAGAAAUCCGAACAGAGGAUGAUUCGGUCACUGCACAGAGGGACGAGACAGACGGAACAGAGCAAGCAGAGUUCCAAAGGCACCUCUUAUUCAGAUUGUCAUUUUAUGGGGAGAACCCACCAGUGGAAAUUAUCUCCAAGACAAUGACAGAGGUUCAAGAAUUUAUAACGCGGCAAAGGAGACCACAAACACCAAGCCCAGCAGUGUCUAUGGUGCAAGAGGACGCUUCUAUGUUUGGAUUGGGGGCAGUGCUGAGCCAAGUUGGGGCCGAUGGCGGAGAACACCCCGUGGCUUACAUCAGUCGCAAACUGUUACCCAGAGAAGUAAGCUACGCCACCAUCGAGAAGGAAUGCCUGGCUGUGGUGUGGGCCCUAAAGAAGUUACAGCCAAAGGGAGAAAGAACACAGCCACCAAGAAGGCGCCAGACUCUAAGUUGUCGCUAUCAGGUUGAAAAGGAAAGAGAUGGAUUUUUGCGAAUCAAGGAACAAUUAAUUAGUAGACACAAUUAUGUUCUGACCUGA